AUGCGGUAUGGCAUGCCAUUGCCCGACUUGCCAAGUCAUUGCGUUUGUGGGUCUGCAUUUUCCGUCAACCACGCAUUAUCGUGUAAAAGAGGAGGUUUUGUGGCCCGAAGGCAUGACGGUGUUCGUGAUUUACUGACCACUCUGCUCAGCAGAGUAUGCAACAACGUGGAAGCCGAACCAAAAAUCAUGCCAUUGGACAAUGAACAAUUCCGUUUACAGUCCACCAACAGAAGCCCGGAUGCGCGAUUGGAUAUCAAAGCUGGCGAGUUUUGGGCAAGAGGAGUUACAUCAUUUUUUGACGUCCGUGUAUCGCAUGUAAACUCCCAAUGUCAUCAAAACAAAGCCACAUCUGAUAUCUUUAAGGAACAAGAAGCCGAGAAGAAAAGAAAGUACCAACAGAGAAUCUUAGACGUGGAAAUGGGAACAUUUACGCCUUUAGUCUUUGGAACGAAUGGAGGAGUUGGAGACGAAUGCCAGAAAUUCUUAAAGCAUCUUGCCGAGAAAUUGUCGAGGAAAAACGGAGAAGAUUACGCAACAGUUAUUACCUGGAUCAGAACAAGAUUGUCUUUCGAAAUAUUGAAAUCGGUGCAUUUGUGCAGGAGAGGAUGUAGAUCGCCAUUUCGUGCGAAAGAUGAACAUAUAGACGAGUUCAAAUUAAACUCUGUUACAGCAGAGGUUUUUUAA